AUGUGCAGCAUAAGCACCACCGAUUCCGGCGCCAGCAACAAAGUUCGUCCCUGGCGGACCAUCCUCCGCAAAAGCUGCAACUGCACCGUCCCAGAAUCCAUCCCAGCUGGAACUAUCCCCAGGAGUUACGUGCCCAAGAAGCAUGGCUGGCCUUUGAGGAUCGUUCAGGCCAUCACCAAGCUAGCCGUAGCCGUGCUUCAGUACCUCAGACUCGACCUAGCGUACAUGGGACAACAACGCUCUCGCGCGCGCGCCAGGCUUCAUCUGAUCUUCCUCGAGGCCGAAAUCAAGCGACUGAAAACUCUCUUUGCCACUGUGACUCGCUCUGCUGGCGAAACUUCCCAGCGCUCAAAACUCUGGACCUUCAGCCGUGCUGGUCGCAGGACACCACGCUGA